CAGCAUUCCCGUUUUUUUCCUCCCCCAACCUCCACCCCUCGCCCACGAUGAGUGCCACCACUACGGCUGCCACGGCGACCACCGCCACCAGCUCCAGCACCGCAACCUGCGUGACCGUCACCCCGGAUAAGAAUGGCUAUGUGCCGCCGGGAGCCUGCGGGAACAUCGACAUGUACGAGGCGAGCUUCCCGGCGGCCGUCUUGUUCUGUGUCUUGUUCGGCCUGACCACCUCCGUCCACAUUUUGCAGGCCUUUAUGUUCAAGAAGCGCUACGCCUGGGUCGUUAUUAUGGGCGCACUCUGGGAACUGAUCGCCUCCAUUAUGGCUGCCCUCUUUGCCAAGCACCAAAGCUCAGACGCCUACGCGACGCCCCACACGAUCUUCUUCCUGCUCGCUCCGAUCUGGAUCAACGCCUUCCUGUACAUGACGCUGGGGCGGCUGAUCUACUUCUUCCUCCCGGACGGCCGACUGGGCGGGGUCUCCGCCAAACGGUUCGGACAGAUUUUCGUCUGGCUGGACAUCAUCUCCUUCAUCGUGCAGCUGGUGGGCGCAGGGUUCACCACCUCGACCGACGCCUCCACCUCCACCACGAUGAUGGGAGUGCACAUCUACAUGGGCGGAAUCGGGCUGCAGGAGUUCUUCAUUCUGAUCUUCACGGGAUUUUUCAUCCACCUGCAGCGCACGAUGACCGAGAUGGAACGGACGGGCCAGCUGGACGCGGAGAAGCUGGCGCGGGGCAGCGGCCGUCACUGGCGCUGGCUGUUCUACGCCAUCUACGCCGCGUUGUUCCUCAUCACCGUGCGCAUUGUCUUCCGGCUGGCGCAGUACGCGCAGGGCACCGAUCCCAACAACCCCGUGCUGACCCACGAGUGGUACGAGUAUGUCUGGGAUGCCCUGCCGAUGUUCUUUGCCCUGGUGAUUCUGAAUGUCAUGCACCCCGGUCGUGUCCUGCAGGGCCCGGACAGCGAGUUCCCCCGCGUCAGUCGUCGCGAGAAGAAGCGGGCGAAGCGCGAGAAGAAGCAGGCGAAGCUGGCGGAGAAGGAGGCCCGCAAGGACCGCAAGCGCCACCGCAAGCAUGGCAGCGUCGCCUUUGAUCUGCUGGAUGCCCAGGAGCGCGGCAAAACCCCGCGGGGGUAUGAGGCGGGCUACGAGGGGGAAUAUAAUGCUGGGGCCACCGCCAUGCCCGCCAGUACUUGGUAUGAUCAGCAGGGGAAUGAGGUUCGACGGUGAUUGUGCGGAAGGAAAACUAUUCUGAUGUGUUAUGAUUGUGAUCGUGUUUUGGAAGGUCUACUUUGCUGUUUAAUCCGGUUUUUUCUUUUUUUUUUCUCCUUUGUGACUGUUGGUAGAAACGGUCUACUGCUUCAAGAUUCUGCGAAAGAUACAUCAUCCCGAUAUCCGGCGGGCUGCAAUUCAUGGUGAAUGGCGUGUUGGAGGUUUAUUUUGUCUGGGUCUGGGGUUUUCUUCGGUGAAUAUUCCUGCCUGCUGGCACUGCACAUAGUUGAUAUAUCUCUAUUAUUUAUUUGUUUACUUCCAGUG